AUUGGCGGAGCUGCAAUGCCACUCACAGUCGCCCGGGCAGCGGGGCCCGCCCCCUUCCUCCCGCAGCGCCGCUUGGGCCGGGCCGGACCGGGAGAGGAGCGGGCCGGGAGCUGCCGCCGCCGGGCCAUGGAAGGCACGCGGCCUGGCGGUGCUGCCCCUGCGGGCGGGGCGGGCUCCGGCUCAGGCUCCUUCCCGUCCCUGUUCCCGCCAGGCCUGCACGGAAUCUACGGCGAGUGCCGUCGCCUGUACCCCGAGCAGCCCAACCCGCUGCAGGUCACCGCCAUCCUCAAGUACUGGUUGGGGGGACCUGAUCCUCUGGACUACGUUAGCAUGUAUAGAAACAUAGGAAACCCAGCGCUGAACGUUCCUGAGCACUGGCACUAUGUCAGUUUUGGGUUAAGUGACUUGUAUGGAGACAACAGAGUACAUGAGUUUACAGGAACAGAUGGACCAAGUGGUUUCGGAUUUGAGUUGACAUUCCGACUAAAGAGAGAAACAGGGGAGUCGGCUCCACCUACCUGGCCAGCAGAGUUAAUGCAAGGCUUAGCAAGAUAUGUCUUCCAGUCAGAAAACACCUUCUGCAGCGGUGACCAUGUGUCGUGGCACAGCCCUUUGGACAACAGUGAGUCCAGAAUCCAACAUAUGUUGCUGACAGAAGACCCUCAGAUGCAGCCAGUGCAGACUCCUUUUGGGGUUGUUACUUUCCUACAGAUUGUUGGGGUUUGCACUGAGGAACUGCAUGCAGCUCAGCAAUGGAACGGGCAAGGGAUCUUGGAGCUGCUUCGGACUGUCCCAGUAGCUGGAGGCCCCUGGCUGAUAACAGAUAUGCGAAGAGGAGAAACAAUAUUUGAAAUUGACCCGCAUCUGCAACAGGAGAGAGUCGACAAAGGGAUUGAGACAGAUGGCUCAAACCUAAGUGGAGUGAGUGCCAAAUGUGCCUGGGACGAUCUCAGCCGGCCCCCUGAGGAUGACGAAGACAGCAGGAGCAUUUGCAUUGGAACCCAGCCGCGGCGGCUCUCCGGGAAAGAUACAGAGCAAAUCAGGGAGACUUUGCGAAGAGGGCUGGAGAUUAACAGCAAACCUGUUCUACCUCCAAUAAAUGCACAAAGACAGAAUGGGUUGAACCAUGACCGAGCACCAAGCCGGAAGGACAGUUUAGAAAGCGAGAGCUCAGCAGCUAUCAUUCCUCAUGAGCUAAUCCGCACGAGACAGCUGGAAAGCGUACACCUGAAGUUUAACCAGGAGUCUGGAGCGCUGAUUCCCCUCUGUCUAAGGGGAAGGCUCUUACAUGGACGGCACUUUACAUAUAAAAGUAUUACAGGGGACACAGCAAUCACGUUUGUAUCAACGGGAGUAGAAGGAGCAUUUGCUACAGAGGAGCACCCCUAUGCAGCACAUGGACCUUGGUUACAAAUCCUAUUGACCGAAGAGUUCGUAGAGAGAAUGCUGGAAGAUUUAGAAGAUCUGAACUCUCCAGAGGAAUUUAAACUUCCAAAGGAGUACAGCUGGCCUGAAAAGAAACUGAAAGUCUCCAUCUUGCCAGAUGCUGUGUUCGACAACCCGCUGCAUUAGAGCCGAAUUACACCCUUCUAACAACUGGGAGAGCCAAGUUACUGUCCAUUACCCAGUGACUCACAGGAUAAUUAAUGCAGUAAAAACUCUGCCUGCAAAUAGAAGAGUUUGCUGCACAACCACUGCAAACAGAAGAGGAGCAACUCAGCACCAGCCCAGAUCGAACUGAGCCCUUUCCUUUAUCCUUCCCAAGGCUGAGCUCUCUGGGAACAGCCUGCGUAUGUGUGAGUGCGAGUGAGAAAUAUUUAACUAUGAAAAUUAGUAGUAAGAAUCCUUUCUCUCUCCUAGCUACAGAACUUCCCUUUGCCUUAGCCCAGGGUGUAGGCGCUCUGCACGCCUGUAUUUACACAUGCAUUCUGCCAGGUGCAAGCCUAUAAUCCAUGGAUUAAAUGUUCUUUACGUGA